ACACAUAAUCUUGGUCUCAAAUUACAUAGAGUGGGUUAAAAGCAUUAACAACCUGUGAAAGAAUGGUCACUUCAGUGGUGCCUCGAGUCGAGAGUUUGUCCAGCAGUGGGAUUCAAGCAAUCCCAAAAGAAUAUGUUCGCCCACAGGAAGAGCUAACCAGCAUCGGCAACGUUUUUGAAGAAGAAAAGAAAGAAGAGGGCCCUCAGGUUCCCACCAUUGAUCUUAAGGAAAUUGAUGCAGAGGACCCAGUGGUUCGUGAGAAAUGCAGGGAACAGCUCAAAAAAGCUGCGAUGGAUUGGGGCGUGAUGCACCUUGUUAACCAUGGGAUUCCUGAUGAGCUUAUUGAGCGUGUGAAGAAAGCGGGGGAGGCGUUCUUUGAGCUUCCUCUUGAGGAGAAAGAGAAAUAUGCAAACGACCAGGUCUCUGGGAAGAUUCAAGGCUAUGGAAGCAAGCUAGCGAAUAAUGCUAGUGGGCAGCUUGAAUGGGAGGAUUAUUUCUUCCAUCUUAUUUUCCCUGAAGAUAAGAGGGAUUUGUCAAUUUGGCCGAAGUAUCCAGCUGACUACACAGUGGCGACUAGCGAAUAUGCAAAGCUACUUAGAGGCCUGGCUACCAAAAUUAUGGCAGUGUUAUCAAUUGGGUUGGGAUUGGAAGAGGGAAGGUUGGAAAAAGAAGUUGGAGGAAUUGAAGAACUUCUCCUUCAAAUGAAGAUCAACUACUAUCCUAAAUGCCCUCAACCAGAACUGGCUCUUGGUGUGGAGGCUCACACAGACGUUAGUGCUCUCACCUUCAUCCUCCACAACAUGGUUCCCGGCCUGCAACUCUUCUAUGAAGGGAAGUGGGUCACUGCAAAGUGUGUUCCAAAUUCUAUCAUCAUGCACAUUGGUGACACCAUUGAAAUCCUGAGCAAUCGCAAGUACAAGAGUAUUCUUCACAGGGGACUCGUUAACAAGGAGAAAGUCAGGAUUUCGUGGGCUGUUUUCUGUGAGCCUCCGAAGGAAAAGAUUGUCCUCAAGCCUCUUCCGGAGACUGUGUCGGAGACAGAGCCUCCACUGUUCCCUCCUCGCACCUUUCAGCAGCAUAUUGAGCACAAGCUGUUUAGGAAGGCUCAAAAAAGUUGAUGCGUGGUGGUUGCAUAUGCUGUUAUUUUAUAUGUUUUAUGUUAAGAUGUUUAUAAGCACGGUGCUCCGUGUGAAUGCUUUAACUGUGGCAGGUAGAGACCAUAGUGUAUGAUUGCUUUCUUGAAUAAUAAGUCUCAUUAUAUUGUUCUUUAAA